UACUUCCGGGAUAGUAAAGGUCGACCCCCCGCAAGAUGGCGGCCUCCUUGGAGCUCAGUUGCUGGGGAGGCGGCUGGGGGCUCCCAUCGGUUCACAGCGAGUCCCUGGUGGUGAUGGCUUAUGCCAAAUUUUCUGGUGCACCCUUGAAAGUCAAUGUGAUAGAUAACACCUGGAGAGGUUCAAGAGGCGAUGUACCAAUUUUGACAACUGAAGACAACAUUGUUUCUCAGCCAGCAAAAAUACUAAACUUUUUAAGAAAACAGAAAUAUAAUGCUGAUUAUGAACUCUCAGCAAAACAAGGGGCAGAUACCUUGGCUUAUAUUGCUCUCCUCGAAGAGAAGCUUCUCCCUGCAGUGCUUCACACAUUCUGGGUUGAGAGUGACAAUUACUUUACUGUGACAAAGCCAUGGUUUGCUUCACAAAUUCCUUUUCCUUUGAGUUUGAUUCUGCCUGGAAGAAUGUCUAGGGGAGCACUGAACAGGAUUCUCCUGACCAGAGGACAGCCUCCCCUCUACCACCUCCGAGAAGUGGAAGCACAGAUAUACAGAGAUGCCAAGGAGUGCCUAAAUCUUCUAUCAAACAGAUUGGGAACAUCUCAGUUUUUCUUUGGAAAUACGCCUUCUACCUUGGAUGCCUAUGUUUUUGGUUUUCUUGCACCUCUUUACAAAGUACGGUUUCCUAAAAUUCAGCUACAAGAGCAUCUGAAACAGCUCUCCAACCUCUGCCGCUUUUGUGAUGACAUCCUGAGCAGUUAUUUUAGGAUUAGUCUUGGAGGCAUCUCUCCAGCUGGACAAGAUAUGGUAGAUGCAAAUCUGCAGAAACUCACACAACUUGUAAAUAAGGAAUCCAACUUGAUUGAAAAGAUGGAUGACAAUCUUCGCCAAAGCCCUCAGCUUCCUCCUCGGAAACUGCCAACACUUAAACUGACUCCAGCAGAAGAAGAAAAUAAUUCCUUCCAACGGCUUUCACCCUGACAGUAGUCAUGCUUUGUGGCCAAAGUCAAACGAUUGUUGCAGUCAUCUCUUACACCUACUGUGUGAAGGCAAAAAGCAAGCGUAGGUAUUAAGGAAGACUCUAAACCAAAAGGAACUUUCUAUGACAUCUAUUUUUAUUAUUAAUAUUAUUAUUAAGAAGCUUAUAUUCUAGCUUGGCAGUGCAUUUUAAAUAACAUCAGUUAAUGCUAAAUGAACUUGGUGGGUGGGGGGAAGAAAAACACAUUGUACUGUAUACAAAAAAACUGCCUUAUUUAUGGCAGAUUUUUGCCUUUGGUUCAGAUGUUGCUGACCAAAAGCUACAAUUCUGUUCUGAAUGUGCACUCCUAAUUUAUUUGAGUUAAUUUAUUCAGUUUAUUAACUUAGUUUUCUUAGAUCAGGCUGAAUACCUAAUAUGUGGCUCUUUGGCUGAGGCUUUUUACUUCUGUUUAGAAAUUUGAUGCCUAUUUUAGGAACCAGAAAAAGAUAAAUUGCUUCAAUAGAAGAGACCGUAUUUAACUUUAAAAAGUGAUAAGGAAUGUGCUUUUUAAUUAUGCUCUCACAAGUCUAAUCUUUUGGGGGUUUGGUAGCACAUAGAUAAAUAUUAGAGGUGGUUACAUAUAAUAACAUCUGAUAAUAUGCACUUCAGUAUAACAUUGGUCUUUGCUGAUGUGUUCAAUAUGGGUUAGGACGGGUUCUUUUAGUUUUCUUGGGCAAAUGUGACAGUUUUAGACUUAUGUCUUUGUAGUAAAUCUUUAGUUGUUUUUCUUGUGUUAAUUCCAGGAGAGCUGAAAGUAGUGGUCAUCAUUGCUAUGCUAAGCUGUAACAUGUUACUGAAAUUGCUCAAUUGUUAGACACUAUUCAGGAUGAGCCCAUAGCCAGGGAAGUAGAAAUACCUACUGUGCAUCUGGUCAAGUUCUCUAAUCUUGGCCCAGGCUAAUAUUCUUUCAUAAGAUGCAUAUCAUGUAGUCAAAAGCUUUCUGACAACCAAUUAUUUUCCAUAUGUCAUAUGUUUCACUUACAGUUGAAGAAUACAAAGGAACAAUCAGAGAUAGCAGCUUUUAAAGACUUCUGUUUAUUGGUUGCUGAACUGUUAAAGGACGUGCUGUGUGGUAAUUUUACUUAUAAUAGAAACUUGCUUAUUUUAGUGGUUGAGAUGCUUCUGUUGUCCUAAAACCACUUCUGAGGUUUUUAAAGUACAGAACCAUGUUUUGGAUUAAUGUCUUAAAAGAUUACUAUGGUGCUUAGCCAAUCUUAUCAAGUCCUGCAGAAACCCAUAUGUUAAGAAAAUGACCUUUGUAGUCGAAAGACUCAGCUAAUUUGAGCUGAGUAGAACUCAGCUAUGUUUGACCCACAUCCUUUCAAUUUGUUCUGUAUUUAGGUAGCUAUUUAUACAGGACUCCUUAAGUCAUUGUAAAUAUUUUUUCUUGAAAAUUUUAACCAAAUGAGAAUAAGGUAGUCUUCAAAAUCUUGGUCAUUUGUUUGGAUGUAUUUAGGGAAAGUACCUCAUGAGCUGCACAUUACUUCUACAACGGUGUGUGUGUGUGUGUGUGUGUGCAUGUGUGUAUGUGUGUGUUUCAGUCAUCUUCAAAGGCAGAUUAUUAGAUUCCAGCAGUCUGAAAUCUAAAUAGUUUAUAUUGGAAAUCAUGACUGUGAGACUUUAUUGUCCUCUUGGAUGGAUAUAUAUUGGAGAAGGGUGGUUAGCACAUUCAUCAGACAUCUGUUUAUGCUUUGAUCAGAGCCAGUCAUUUUUAAUUAUGAUUUAUAUCAGACCCUCCAAAAGUAUUUGAAGUAUAUUACAGUUAUAAUGUACAAGUACAUUACAUGUAUAUUACAAGUAUAUUACAUGUAAACAGAACAAUUAUAAUUUAAAAUACUUAAGUUUUAAGGAAUUAAAAAAAUUAAAAAUUUAAAUUAAAAAUUUGUAGAGGAUAGAACUAUGUCAGCACUGACAGAUUCUAAAAUUAAGUAGUAAAUUUAACUCCAAGUUUCUCCAUGGCCAAAGUCAAAAGAUAAUGCUAGGUUAUGUCAGUUUUUCUUUUAAUAAAAUUACUGAUGUCCAUUAGGAAGAAAAAUGUGUUUCAAGUUUUACAAGAACAUGAAGCCCAUGUUUUUCUGAUAUGUAGACUUUAUAAAGAAGCAUACUGUAAUGUUUCACGAAUCAAAAUUUUAAUCAGAGGAGGUCAUUUUAGAAUAACAAAUACUUGUCUUUUUUAGUAGAGGGAAUGACUGUCAAUAUGAUUUAUUUGCUUUUGUGUCAUCCCUACUUCAGACUGUGGUUAGCCUUACAUUCUCACUGUGGUCCAUGAUACUUCCAGAUUGCCUUUCCUAAGAUACAACAUGUGAUUUUAGUGAGAGUUUAUAUGUUGGGUUACUUAGUUGAGCUAUUUGUAUAUAAGCAGAUGAGAUGACAGGAAGCUGUAACUGAGAACAAAGUUAUUGAGGGACCAGCCACACAAUAUAGGAAGCUCUUAGAAAAGAAUGUUUUUUCAGACUGAACAGACCACGUCUGACCAGCCUGUCAUGAUAGGUUGUGGAUAAAGUUGGAGUUUGCUGGGAUAAAUGGUCUACAGUCUUAAACAGAGUACUGUGAGCCAUUGUCUUUUGUAAGUGAUGGUGGAGGAUAAUAUGAUUAAAGGGAAUAUGCUUGUGUUUAUUUUUGUUGGUAGUAGAUGAUUAGAAAAACUGGCCAGAUAAUUCCCAUGAGAUGAAGAUCUUCCAUGAACAAAAUGCCAUUAGUCGUCCGUAAGACUGGGCUUUUUAAGGUAACAUUAAAGAAGCUGUAAAGAAUCAUUCCUUCAAAACUGUUUUGACCACACAGAAGGUGGGCAUUAACAAACCAAAUUUCAACUCAAGUCUGUUUAUAUUAUUUUGGGGGUACUGGAAAGCUGGAGAUUUUAUAAAAACAAGUGUUUUUAUUUCUAUUUAUAAUUUGUAUUCAUUCAGUAUUGCUAGAUACAGUAACAUGAAGGGAUGGGGAAGCUUAUUUCAGUCAGAGAAAAAUUUUUAUAAGUCUGUAAAAAUGGAAAAACUAUUGAAAGAAGUAGAAAUAGGUAACAGGGAUAGUAUCUUAAAAAACCUAUUGGUUAAGGCAGCUUCAUUUGAUAAAAGUGGGAUUUGAACUUGGUAGUGUUUCCUGAGAACCUCCUCCAAAAGUAUGUAUUUACCAGGCCUGUUACAUCUUUCUGGUGGUUUUUUUUUUAUCAACUGUUCAAAACUUUAACCCUUUUAAAACCUAGAUAUAAAUGCUUACAUGUAAAGACAGGAAGCUAAGCAAUGGGUACCUGGGAUCUCUAUCAACUAUUUUUAUAACUUCUAGUGAGUGUAAUUAUUCAAAAUGAAAAUGUUUAUAAAGUAAAUUCAUAGAUUAAAGUAUCAUUAUAUAAACUAUGAUUUCAAAUUUAAUUUUCUAAAAAUAGUAUUCAACUUAGUUGAAUAAAUAUAUGAUAGAAAUUAAAUACAAUUUUUAUUUUUUUCUUAAGAAAAAACUCUUGUUUGUAACAAAUGAUAUCUAAAGAUCUAUUUUGCCUUACCAGAAAAGAAAAAAAAAAAAACUAAAACCAAAAAGUCCUUUUCCCUAGGAUGUCAAAAAUGCUGUGAUUUUUAAAUAUCUGAUUAUAUUUUUCUCUUUCUAUGGUAGUGGGAUUUACUUCUGAGGAUAAAAUAUUUUGAAAAAGUUCUGUCCCUUGACAUGGUAGUUCUCCCGUGCCUUGUACUGGUUCUCUCUCCAGAUGCACAGUGUGACAAGAUGCUCACUUUUAAUGAAGAAGGUGUAGCUGUUUGUUUUAAGCUGUAAUUGUUCUUGUCUUGAUUUGGUUAUUUUUAUAAUUGAAAUCUUGAGCAACAGAGAUAAUUUGGGUGGCAAUGACGGUCUUUUGUAUAUGUUCUCGAUAUAAAGAAGUAUUUUUUGCUGCCAUUCAGCUUUGUGGAAUUUGUUUACUUUUCAAUGUUCCCAUAUUUCUUAAUCAGAUUUUAAGAAAAUUUGUUAUUUUGAAAUCAAAGGUCAGUAAUCCCAUUAUCCUCAAACUUGAAGUUUCAUUAGAUGUUCAAAAUGCUAAUUUUUGCAGAUACACAAGGAUAAUUUUUUUUUUUUAGUUUUUGUUUUUAAGGGUUUGCAAAAUAAUUUGGCUCCCAAAUUCUUGGGGUGUAGUGUUUGCUAGGAGCCCAGGUCACCUGCCCUGGAAUUAAAUUGUGAUUGAAGUAGAGAGGUACUCUAGGAAUUGAAAAGGACACAAAAUUAUUUUUUUUUCCAGACUAGUGUGCCAUGGAUUUCAGAUAAGAAUUAACACUCUGUUUUUUUUUUUUUUUUUUUAAGACAGUUUCACUUUUGUUGCCCAGGCUGGAGUGCAAUGACACAAUCUCAGCUCACUGUACCUCUGCAUUCUGGAUUCAAGCGAUUCUCCUGCCUCAGCCUCCCAAGUAGCUAGGAUUACAGGUGCCCGCCACCACACCCAGCUAAUUUUUUUUGUAUUUUUAGUAGAGACGGAGUUUCACUGUGUUGGGCAGGAUGGUCUCAAACUCCCGACCUCAGGAGAUCCACUCACCUUGGCCUCCCAAAGUGCUGGGAUUACAGGUGUGAGCCACCGUGCCCAGCAAGAAUUAACAUUCUUAAACAAAGGUAUCAGAAAGGGUAACUCGAUUUGAAGGUUUGUGAAUAGAAAGGGAAAUGUGAUGGAAGAUUAUUCAGAACAAAAUAAAUAGACAACAAAAUAACAAGACAGGAAAAUAAGUCUUUGUAUCCUUAUUAAUCAUUUGAAAUUAUGCUAUAAUUUUUUUUAAGAUAAUCUUUUUGGUUUUGGGAGCAGCAGUUCCUAAAGGAGUGUUUUUUCAGAAUAUAUUGUUAGGUGAAUAGAGGGUUCCAUGGCCAAGUAAGUUUGGGAAACAGUGGGUUAGACAAAGUUGAGUUACUGUUGGCCUUUCAGAACCUUUGAUAUGCCAAUGUGCAUUUUCAAUCUCCAAGAAGCACCUCUAUUUUAUACAUCAUUUCCCUAAUUUAUUUGGAGUUUUUGGUUUUGUUUUUUUGAGGAGUCUUGCUCUUGUCACUCAGGCUGGAGUUCAAUGGUGCGAUCUCAGCUCACUGCAACCUCUGCCUCCUGGGUUCAAGUGAUUCUCCUGCCUCAGCUUCCCAAGAAAGUGAGAUUACAGGUGCCCACCACUACACCCAGCUAAUUUUUGUAACAUGGGGUUUCACCAUAUUGGCUGGGCUGGUUUUGAACUCCUGACUUCAGGUGAUCUGCUGACUUUGGCCUCCCACAAGGCCAGCGUGAAUUCCAGCGUAAUUCAUGCUGGAAUUACAGGCGUGAGCCACUGCACCCAGCCAGAUUUUUAAAAAAGUAGGUACCUUGUGGGAUUUGUGUUCUAAGAGAUACACCUAAGGAAAUGCUGCCCUAGAGUGUUUUUGCUAGUUUAUGUUCAUUGCAAAGGUUUCUUAUUGUUCGGUGCCCCUGGUGGUAAAAUGGGACGAGGCAGGUCAAGACUCACUUGGAUUAUGGUGUUUAGAGAGGGAUGGCUGUGGGCUUAGAUAUGUGUUAUUUAGCAUUUGUGAGGCCCCUGGUUAUUCCAGCCCCUUUCCUUAGAAUCUCAGUUGGCCUGGAACAACUGUACAGGGGUUUAAACAGGUGGUUUCAGAGGACUAACCAGUUCCUAAGCAUCCAUGAGGCAGAGGGAACCAACUUGUAUUUCCAGAAUAAUUUUCCAGACCUUUCCAGGCUGUGCUUUAAAAGUGCCAAAAAGGCAAUGGGUGUUUAUGACACUAAAGUCACAUACAAGCUAGUAUGAUACAUACAUCAUAGAAGGCUUAUAGUUGCUUCAGUGACAAAGCAAAGGAAGUUUAAUAUUUUCAGGUUUUGUUCAUUACUGAAGAUAGUCUAAGGUUCAUAGUUUUCAUUAAAUUCUAGGCAGAUUCUAUAUCCAAAAACAUUUAAACCUCACUAGGCCUCCAAAUUGGAGAGGGUUAACUAAAUAUGCUUGAUUUUACUUCAGAGUCUGAAACCAGAUUACUAAUCAUGUGUAAGGAAGCAUUUUGUUUUUGCAAUGUAUACAACUGCAUAUAUGGAACACCGUUUUGAAUGUGUAUAUGAAAGAAGGCUCGCCUGUGGGUUUUGAGUUGUGAUGUAAUGGUGACAUGUAGCCACAUGAAAGACAGUUGGAUCUUUGUUCUGAUUCUUCAGUCUUCCUCUCACAAAUUCAGAGAAAUGUCUUUUAAUCAUUUCAUUUACAUAUCCCAGAUCCUUGGAGAUCAUGAAAAAUAGCUUGCCAGUGUUUGCAUCAGCCCUCAGCAAGUCAUGAACCAUAGAGAAGGUCAUGGGGCCAUUCGUUCUUUGGACUAUUGGUUACUUCUGCAGUACUGGCUUCCUUCUCUCUAAGAGAAGGAGUAGUAUUCUCAAGAUCUUAAGUUAAAUGCAUAAAAAUGAGUUUUACUUCUUUUCUGACUUGAUUUUUAAUUUUAUGAAAUGGGAAAUCAUGUUUUUCCAUUUUUCUAUUCCUUUUGAAGUGGGAAUUUGAGGUGCUUGUAAUGUCAUGUUAGUGUCUGAACGAUUGACAGUAAAGAAGAAAAUAUAUGUAUGUAGUAUGCAUAUUCGUCUUGUCCCACCAAGCCUAUCUUUGAAUGGCAGACAUUUUAAAACAUCAGUUCUAGUUGCACAACUACUAUAGCUUCAUUAUAAACAAUCUUAAAGCAAGCAAUGUUGGCCAUAAUUUCAAUAUUCUAGCCUUGCCGAGUGUGACUGUAUUUUAUUCAGAGACUAUGUAUAAAUACACUAAAGUGGUGAUGGUCAUCAAUAUUGUAAAGAAUUUAUUCUGAUAAAUCAGAAACUGGAUAUAAUGUCAAAAUAGAUAUUUUCUCAAUAAAAUCUCAAAUCGCCUGACUGCUUAUUAA